AUGAAAGAACUGGUUGGCGGGCCCAUUCAGAAGCCGGACAAAGAUGGUAUUCAGUUUAUAUGCCCCUAUUAUCCACCCUUUUCCUCGGAAAGUCUUCGCUUCGAAGACGACUUUCACAUGAUUUGCGAGAGCAUGGUACUGAUUCACCGAGCCGAACAACUACCAAUUGGAACAAGGGCACUAUAUUUUUUAGCUUUCGCACAGGUUUGCCAACAGGUUGCUUCAUCUGAGUUCUUCAAACUAUAUUAA